AUGCAGUUUAAUAAGAGUACUGACAAUACUAUCCCAAAUGCUAUUGUCCAACCGUCACCAUCGGCUGAUCAAAUUGAAAUCAAACGAAUUCGAAAAAUUCUUUUGGUCUUGGUUGGCUUUUUCUUCGUAAUAUCUGUGUUGAAUAUGUUAAAAAGGAGCUUGCCGAUUAAGAAUCAAAGUGAUUCAACAGCCAAUAUGAACGGUUUUAUAGUUGGAAUAUCAUUUCUGCCGAUUCUAUUUGAUACCUUUGGAAUCUUCGUCAUUCGUGGAUACCAUCGAAAGGGCGUGUCUGUGUUUGCAUGGCUCAAGACGAUCGAAAUGAUAUUCAUUGGCUUUUUUCUGGCGUUUAUCAUUUAUGUCAUUGGUCAUUUAUUAUUUACUACGGGCCAAACUGAUCGUUCUAAUCGCUACUCGAAUAUUCCCACUGUACUCCUUAUCGUGAUUUUUGCGUUGUUUGCAGUUUGUGUUGCUUUAAAAGUGAUCGUCAUAAAAUAUACUUUCAAAUUGGCACGACUACUUAAAAGUGAGGAACAGUUCAACAAUCUCACAGUCUAA